ACCUGUAUCCCAAUACAUUUGUAGUAGUCAGAGCCCCCAGUAGUCAGUAGUCGGAGAAUCCAAGUACUUUGGAUCACACAGAACCACAGAGUCGACAGAGUAUAAUGGAGGAGUACUCGCGUGAGCCGUGCCCCUAUCGCAUUGUGGAUGAUUGUGGCGGAGCCUUCGCCAUGGGCUCCAUUGGUAGUGGCCUCUUCCAGGGACUCAAGGGUUUCCGGAACGCACCCCAGGGCAUGGGGCGACGCGUCAUGGGUGGUAUGGCAGCCAUCAAGUCCCGCUCGCCCGGGAUAGCCGGCAACUUUGCCGCCUGGGGCGGAAUCUUCAGCAUUGUGGACUGCACACUGGUGCGCCUGCGCCAGAAGGAGGAUCCCUGGAACUCGAUUAUUAGCGGAGCCGUCACCGGUGGCAUUCUGGCCGGACGCAAUGGAAAGGUCUCCAUGGCCUGCAGCGCCCUCGUCGGGGGCCUGCUCCUAACAAUCAUCGAGGGCGUUGGCAUCCUCUUCACGCGCAUCUCGGCGGACCAGUUCCGCAAUCCAACGCCUCCCGCCAACCCGCAGGACGCCCAAAGCGGACUGGAUGAGUUUACUUUCGGCGCUACCAGCGCCAACAUAUCCACCUAAAUUAUCGUUUAUUUUCUUGUCAGUAAAAGUAAAGUCAACUUAA